AUGGCGCGAGCAGCCAGCACAGGCGGGUCACAGCUCACCGAGGAGCAGAAAGCUCGCAUCAGCGAGAACAGGCGCAAGGCCGAGGAGAGGCGCGCGGCGAAGAAGCGCGCACUGGAGUGCCUGACUGCUGAGCAGACUGCGCCAGCAACGCCGCCGCAGCAGCAGCCCUCGCUGCCGCAGGCGCCUGCCGUCGAGGGGAAGGCAGCGACCGUGGCCCAGAGAGAAGCCGUACGCCUGCUGACGGCAAUGUCCCAGGCGAAGAACAAGCAGGCCGCCGCUCAGCAGGAAGACGCCCGUGCAGCAAGGUCUCCCCAGAAGUCGGAGGCGCCGUCCACUCUCGCGGUGGAGACACCGGAGAAGAGGACGCCACCGAGCGGCAGGUCGGUCGCGCAGGCCGCGCAGGUGCCCCAGUGGCAAGCGCAGGCAGUCAAGCCAGUCGCGCAGGCGCCCUUGCGCCCAGCAACGGGCACUGGAGGCGGUGGCAAGUUCGCUUCUGUCGGCGGCGCCUGGGAUCAGUUCAACGGCGUGUACUGCUGGCGCCUGCAGCAGCUUCGCGGCCCGGUGCUGCAGGAAGCCCGCAAGCUGUGGGGCGGGAUGCUCCCGCCGCAGAGCUUCGUCCCAGACGUCGGAUGCUACAAGCGAGGUGUUGAGGGCAGCGAGGUCGUGAUCGUGGGCGUGGCUUUCAAGAGCCUGCAGGGCCGCACCGACGUCAUCAAGAUGUACCGCGAUGCCGUGGGAUUCGGCCACAUCUCCGAGGAGCGCACGCGGUGCCUCGGCCGGAGCAUCUGCAGCGACGGGGACAGCGUGUGGCUGGAAGACCAGGUCAUGAGGUUGAGGCUGGCGCUCCCGCCAGAGCAUGCCUCCAGGAUCGCCACCGGCGUGGUGCUCGCGGCGCGCGGCGUGGCGACUACGGAGGACGGCUUCCGGCCGAGCGCCAUCUGCUACGCAGCCGGGCCCGCGCCGCCGCCUCUGCCGCCGUCGCCCGCCGGCCGCGCGCCCGGGCCCUUCCUGGCGCUGGUCUCCGGACUCGGGUUCGGGGCCAGGGGAGCGGAGGGGAGCGGUCUCAGCGCCGCGCGCGAGCGGCUGUGGGCGUGGCUCGCCGCGGAGGGCAGCCGGGCGGCCCCGGGCGCCGUGCAGAAGCUCCUCGUCUGCGGCGGGCUCGUCUCGGGGGAGAGCCAGGACAAGGGCAGCGUCGUCGCCGCGAUGGCGGAUGCGGACGCGGCCCUCGCCAAGAUCGCCGCAGUGGUGCCGACCGAGGUCAUGCCCGGGCUCGGGGAUCCCUCGAGCCUCAGCCUGCCACAGAUGCCGCUGCACCCGUACCUCUUCAGGCAGUCGCGGCAGCUGGGGGCCAUGGCCUUCAAGUCCGUGAGCAACCCUUUCAGCUGUGAGCUGGACGGCGUUCACAUCCUCGGCCACUCUGGCCAGCCCGUGAUGGACUUGCUCCGUGGCACGCGUCUCGAGGCGCCGAUGGGCGCGCUGCAGUUGAGCCUGGAGGUGCUGCACUUGGCGCCAACGGCCCCAGACAGCCUCCCGUCGCAGCCGUUCGUGGAUCGGGACCCGUUCGUGAUCGAUAGGGUCCCCCAUGUUCUGUUCUCGGGUGGCCACAGCAAGGCGGAGCAUUGCUUCCGUAGACAUCCGGGCGGGGAUUCAGGCACCAUGUGCAUCUGCGUCCCCGCGUUCCACUUGCAGCCAGCCGUUGUCCUGGUCAACCUGCGGGACCCUCGAGACGUGCGUAUCCACGAGCUCGGUGACACAACGAUGCAGGAUGCAUGCUGA